AUGGCAGACCCUUCAACCAUUUACGAGUUUCUGAAGCAGCAACAGCAACAACCACCAACUUCAUCCUCUUCAGCUUCACGACCUAGAAAAUCAGCACCACCUCCAACACAAAGAACUUUCCAAUGCAACUUCUGUUACCGCAAGUUCUACACUUCUCAAGCUCUUGGUGGUCACCAAAACGCUCACAAACUUGAACGAGCUGCUGCAAGAUCAAGAACCAUCAACCUCAACAACAACAACAACAACAACAACACCAACAAUGUUGUCUCUAUCUCAUCACCUCAACCGCCACUACCACCUCAUUUUUCACUCUUCAAUGGAUCCAACUCCAAACCCUUGACUGUGUCUGAACAAAUUGAACACGGUCAUUUCUUUCAUCAUCCUCAUCCUCAUCACUCUUAUUGGCAACAAUUUGAAAUGGAGUCUUUACAGUUUCAAACACAUCAUCCUCAUCACCAUGUUGCAACAACAACAACAAACACUCUUCCUAUGCUUCAUUUCAACCCUUCUGCCGCUUCAACUUCAACUCAUUCUCACCAUCUUUUCUCCAACAAUGCUGCUUCUGCUUCUCCACCUCAACUUGUUGAUGCGUCUGACCAUGUCAAUCUUGACCUCACACUUCACCUGUGA